AUGAAUGGAUAUCUGGAUGCAUUCUGGAUGAAUGGAUCUCUGGGUGAAUCCUGGAUGAAUGGAUCUCUGGAUGAAUCCUGGAUGUAUGGAUCUCCGGGUGAAUCCUGGAUGAAUGGAUCUCUGGGUGAAUCCCGGAUGAAUGGAUCUCUGGGUGAAUCCUGGAUGAAUGGAUAUUUGGGUGAAUCCUGGAUGAAUGGAUUUCUGAGUGAAUCCUGGAUGAAUGGAUUUCUUGGUGAAUCCUGGAUGAAUGGAUCUUUGGGUGAAUUCUGGAUGAAUGGAUCUCUGGGUGAAUACUGGAUGAAUGAUUCUCCGGGUGAAUACUGGAUGAAUGGAUCUCUAGGUGAAUCCUGGAUGAAUGGAUCUUUGGGUGAAUUCUGGAUGAAUGGAUCUCUGGGUGAAUCCUGGAUGAAUGGAUAUCUGGGUGAAUCCUGGAUGAAUGGAUCUCUGGGUGAAUGGAUUUCUUGGUGA